AGAGAGCAGAGAGCAGAGAGAUCAGUAAGAUCAGUAUUUACAAAACAAAGACAAAUACACAGCAAAGAAAAUUGAAAAUGCAGAGCCAAAACACAGAAAUGCAGGCUUUUCCGAUGAUCGAAACAGAGAUCCUUCGCCCUAUUGUGGACUUGUUUCUAGACAAGAUCACUCUCCAUCAGUGGGCCAAUCUGGAGGAGGGCUCUCAUGACAGGGAAACAAAGGAGAUCGUUACAGCCAUGUGUGUGGAUAUAGUCAACACUAUAUCCAAAUAUCUCCUUCAGCUAGUGGAGAAGAGGAGAACACUGACUCCACCCAGAGUAGCCUCUUCUGGAUUAAGAAAGUCCCAGAAGAGCAUCACAGAGGAGGAAGUCCAGGAGUGCGUCGGUGAGUCUUUCUCGCUGACUCUUGCGGACGCGAUGGGAGUCCAACAAGAUAUCCGUUGCAGCACAACAGAGACGGUGACGGAGCUCGUGGUGAAAGAGGUCGCAGAGAGGAUAAACUCAGACCGGGCCAGCCAGGGAGAAGAACCGCCGGCCACCAAAGGUUUCUCCAAGAGACUGAAGGAGAUGACGGACAAAGUGAUCAAGGUCAUGAAGAAGAUUUCAAAAAACAUGACUUGUUUGUCAGAGUCCACAAUAGAAAGUCUAGUCCCAACACCCAGAGACACAGAGGCACAGCCAGAGGAGGAGGAGGAGGAGAUGGAUGUAGCUGUGUUAAGCUGUGGGUCAUACAGAGCCCUCUAUACCAACCUGGAGGAAGAAACUAUUGCACCAGACAGUCCCAAAUAUCCGAUCUUUGUGACAGUGAAGUCUAUCCUGGAGGAACAAGCACAGGAUAUCAGUGUCCUUGACAAAAGUUCAGACCUUUCAGAGGAGGAAGUAUGCCUCCUUAACUCCAGCUCAGACAGCGACUCAGAAAAUGCGGCUUAUAGUAUUGUUGAAGUCAUCUGGGGAGAUACUGAACCAGAACCAGAAGCAGAACCUGAUCGUGACAGCCCUCUAAACAUUCAAUCAGAGGAAGAUCCCGCCCGGAGGAAGAUCACCAGACGGAUUAAAGAAUUCUUCAUCAGUACAUUCGCGAAAGAGUCCAUCAUCAGCUUUUUUGCUAAACUGAGGAAAAGAUUUUCAGUAUUGAUCCCAAAGAGCACCAAAGCAUCCAUGAAGUUGAUGAUCGACGGGGUGGGUGGGUUUGUGGAAGAAAUGAUGUCAUUGUACUCAGACGAGAUGGAAAUGAAUGUCAUAGAUAGGAUGUGUCUGUACAGAAGGAUGGCAAGAGACAUCAACUGGGGGCUGUUUGAACUCACAGAGAAGCGGCUCGCUGAGUUCACCUUCUUCCACCUGUCAGCGGAGAAAAAGCAGAAGGUUCACUUCAUGGGAUUUAUUAAAACUGAAGUGGACUCUUUCAUGAAGAUGAUGUGGAACUGGCUCAACCAGCAGGCAGAGCUGCACCAGAGGAGUAGCGACAACGCAACUGCUGCUCUCAGACAGAUCGAGACAUUUCUGGAGGGCACAUCAACAGAAGAAGAAACUGUCCCUGCAGAGCCAGCUUCGUGGGAGCACAAAGGCAGAGAGAAGUGGGACAGACUGACCUUAGAGAUCUUGGUGACUGGGCUGGCUAACCGGAUUCUCAAAAAGGUAGAGAUUGAUCACUCAAACAAGGCUUACCAGACAGCAAUCACAACAAUGACUGAGCUGCUCUGGGCAGAGAUGGAGGACGAAUACAUCAGGAUCAAUCUCAGCCCGAAGAACAUCAACAAGAUCCUGAAUGCGGUGCGCAAGCAGCUCUGCAAGGUAGGUGAAGAGUUGCUUUGGAGGUGCAUGCUGCUAGAAGAUCCAAGCAUCCUCCGACACAUAGCUGACACACUGAAGGACCACCUGAUGACACCAAGAGAGACCAACUGUGUAGCAGACUUCUUUGAGUCCCUUUUCAAGACCCUGACCAAGCCAUUCACGGCCAUCUUCAAACGUGGCUAAAGCAGCAGAGGAUAGAGGAUGGAUGGGUUUACUCCGAGCUCUUCGGUUUCUCCCACAGUUUACACAAAACUUAAAAAAACCCUAAAAAACAAAACAAACAAAAAAAAAAUAACAACAUCUUGUAAAAUAAUAUUUCUCUC